UCGACCUGGAAACUCUCAACCAAAAUAUGUAGUAGUGUUAAUAUAUUACGAAAACAUCCCUUGUUACUGAAAAUUCUUAAAAAACUCGCCCAAAUAUCUUAACCUCGGAAAAGGAAGUCCAGAGAAGAAAGAAAAAGAAGAAGAAGAAGAGGAGAAUGAUGGCGUCACUCACAAAUUCUGCAAUUUGGGAUGAAAUCGAGAAAUCAGAGAGUUAUCUUGUUUGUUGUAUGUUUGAGGAGGCAAUCACUUUGUCUUCUUCUGUUGUUGAACGACUACGCAAAGCUGAUAACUCCGAAACAAUACAAGAUACUGAGUUGGUUGACAUGUUGGAAUCAGCUGGGAUGGUAUAUGUUCAAUCUCUAAAAGAGUUGGGAAGAACAUCGGAAAUUUUGAAUGAGCUUAAAGUUUUAUUUGGUUCAGUAACAUCUCUACCCGUUCAAGUUCUUCUUACUGGGUCAUGCUUUCUGAUAUCAGAUGAAUCACUUUCUGAUCUUCCUGAAUUGCUCAAAGACUUUCUUGGAAGGUGGAGCUUGGUCGAUGAUGAGAGUCAGCACUAUGUGCUUGCUAACGAAGAAAACUCAAAUGUGGCUUAUCAAAAAGGAGUUGAUGGGCGUUAUUUUCUGGAGAUUGAAAAGUACUUGGAGGUUGCAGAAGUAUAUGCUGUAACACUUCUUGGGAUGGUUUUAAAUGAUACUGAUCAUGCAAUUGCCUGGGUGGAGCAAGCCGAGUUUCCCGAAGGAAAUCGUCAAGAUCUUUUGAGGAGAUUACGUUCUUUAUAUUCUCUAAAAGCUACCAAGUCAUCCCAAGAUGUGGAAACACCCAUGUACAAGGCCCACAAUGAUUCUGGCCAAGAUACCAUAUCUGGAGUUGAACAAGCGUCAUCAAUAACAUCGAAAGUUUCCCCCUCACUUAAUGGCAGGGACAGUGUUAAUAAAGAAUCCAUUUUAAAACUAAGCAAACGAGUGGAACCUUGUUUCUGGUGGUUCCGUACUGUCACUCUGAAAUUUGGCAAUGCUCGGUUGGUCAUUUCUCAUGGAAAAAUUGUGCUCUGGGGUUCAUUCGUCUUGUUCAUUUUUUAUGUUCUUCGGAAGAAACAAGCUACUUUAAAAGGGAUUGUUAGUAAACAAGCUUCCUCUGUGAAGAAAGCUCUGGUGGAUAUGUGGCAACUAGCAUUUUCAGUCCAAGUGAACCCUCUAGCAGCUGUGCAGUCUCUUCCCUCUAUGUCACGUUGAAACAGGUGAUUGUGCUCCAUGCUAAUUGGCUGUCUGACUGAUGGAGUUGACAUAUCUUCAAACCCGAGGACGGAAGUGUGGAUUCUCAAAUAAACGUCAUGAAUUAUUUUGGUGCAUAAAAUUAGGAAAACAAGCAGAGUCUGUGAUGAAUAAUGCUCCAGAAAAGUUCUCCUUCAGUUUGUGGAGUUUUUCUUUGUUCUUCCUUUCUAGAGGGAGAAGAAAAAGUUGAAUAAAACUGUAUCAGUGUAUCACUCUUGUUCUUUAUAAUUAAAGCAUCUCAGUUAAAAUCUUGUUGGUA